GUAAAAGCCAGACCUAGUGCAUUAUGGUACAGUAAAAAUAGCAGAAGGAGCUGGCUGGAAUGAUCUUGAAGAAGAAAUGAAGCACUCGGUGGCUCUGCCCUUCUGCAUCCCUCGGAAACGGCAGCCGGCUUUAUUUGCGCGCCGGUUUCGUUGUUGAUUUGUUGCCGCUGUACAAUAUUCGGUUAAUUGUGGACGGGCUCAAGCUGUGCUCAUCACUGCGAAGGCUGCCGCGGCUGCACGGUGUUCACAGGAGCAGGCUCGUUUCUCCGGGACCCACCAGCUCCGCAGCCUGGCACCAGCAGGCGACGGGACGCGGCGCUCGGGAGGUGAGCAGGCCGGGCCCCCCGGAGGAGCGGGGCGGCGUCGCGGGCUCAGCUGGGACCAGAGGGAAGAAUGAUAAAGCAGAAUUGCAGAUCCAAAGGAGGUAACCAUUUCUGAGGCAUCUGAGACACGUUGGAAGUCUGCACUCUGGAAAUUAUACACAAAUGGGCACACUCAUGGACAAGAUGGGAAAAUAAAUGCCUCAAGAAGCUGCACAGAUUGCCCCAAGACUCUCAGGAGGCACUGCUAUCACCACAGCGCAGCCCGAUUGCGGCUGGCGUGUGACUGAGCUGGCUGUCCCUCUGGCCACAUGUCCGGUGCUACACAGUCUUCAAGGGUGUGUGGGGCUGGGCAGCAUCCGCCAGGCCCAGGCCCCGGGAACUGAAGGUGUUUCCUCCACGUCAGCCUCUGCACCUCCUAAGCACACACCUGCUGCAGGUGCCGGGAGUCAGUGCCUGAGAUACCUGAGGACGCCUCCUCCUUGAAGGCUGGAGUCGACUGACUGCAUCUUGUACUGAUUUUGCGGGGAUUUCUGGUCUUAUUUAUCCAAUGCACUCUGGUCCCCGCCGCUGCUGGAGUGAGGCUGGUUGUCUCUGACUGGGCUCUGCACCCUCACAGCAGGCAUCCUGACCCCUUUCUUUCCCACUCCAAGCUCACCAUGCUGGAUCCCGCACCACAGACAGUCCCGAGGCCGCGCUCACAAGACCAGAUGGCCAGCUCGCCAUUUCUACCUUUCGGUGUCCAGGAGUUUUUCUUUUGUCUUUACUUGUUUAUUGAGGAAUGAAGAGUCAAUGAAGACUGAUCAAGACACUGCCUUGAAAGGGUUUCAUGGGCAAAGAACAAAAGCAAAUCAAAGGGUUCAUCCAGGCAAGGGGCUGACGCCCUUCCCCUGUUGGGGAGGAGGAACAGAUGAGGGCGGGGAGGACACAGCCCAGGACUCACAAGGCCCUGCCGUCCACAUUUCCUGAGGGCUGCGAAGCAUCAUGCAGCCAUGAGUUUCCCCAGACACCAGCACCCAUCCCCAGGCCUGUGGGUCAGUGAUUCUAGCUCAUCUGAUGGGCCGUCCAUGGGGAAGGGAUGGGCCCGCAGGCCUGCCUGUUUGGUUGAUUGAGGUGGGACCUCUUUCACGACGAACGCCAGAUUGACAUUCAUCACAGCAAAUGCCUAAGUUUUGAGAACAAUAUAUUUAUAGUGAGCUGAUUAGAUAUCAGAUGCACCUUUUCUCAACAAGUUGUUCUCUCACCAGUCUGAUUUCUAACCUCCUGAAGAGCAAGACCUGUCACCGACCCAGGAGCAGCAGGUAGAAGAGAAAUUACAAAACAUCCUGAAGAGCAAGAGGCUGUGUGGAAAAUACCAGGGCUUGUGCAGGCGGGGGAGCUCACCGCCCUGGGCCAGAAGCCCUCACCUGGAGGCAGCGGGUGCUGCCCUGAGUCAGGGCCCAUAGGAGGCUUCUGGGCACAGACACACCCUGCAGAGAGGGUCCUGCUGGAACGCUUUGACAUUUCUAGGAUCUGGACUGUCCACGGGGAGAGACCAGGAGGGCAUGAGAAAUAUGCUGAGUUGGGGCCGGGUGCAGUGGCUCAUGCCUGUCAUCCUAGCAUUUUGGGAGGCCAAGACGGGUGGAUCACAUGAGGCUAGGAGUUUGAGACCAGCUUGGCCAGCAUGAUGAAACCCCGUAUCUACUAAAAAUACAAAUAUUAGCUGGGCUUGAUGGUGCACACCUGUAGUCCCAGCUACUUGGGAGGCUGAAGCAGGAGAAUCACUUGAACUUGGGAGGCUGAGGCAGGAGAAUCACUUGAACCCAGGAGGCGGAGGAGGUUGCAGUGAGCAGAAAUCGUGCCACUGCUCUCCAGCCUGGGCUACAGAGUAAGACUCUGUCUCAAAAAGAAAAAAAAAAAGAAAAAGAAAAACACACUGAGCUGGAACUCACUAUAUCACAAACAUUGAGGCCUACUUGCAUAACACAGUUGUUCCAAGCAACAAAUGUCACCAAAUGCACGCACUGUCGCCCAGUGUGACGUUUCUAAGGUGAAUGCACAAUGCGAGGACAUGGAAGCCUGGAGGAUGUAGGAAAGGGACGUGUGGCCUGUGCUGGGCGCCUCCCGUCAGCCAGAUGCACCUGCGCUCCUGGAGGAUGUAGGAAAGGGGCGUGUGGCCUGUGCUGGGCGCCUCCCAUCAGCCAGAUGCACCUGCGCUCCUGGAGGAUGUAGGAAAGGGGCGUGUGGCCUGUGCUGGGUGCCUCCCGUCAGCCAGACACUCCUGCACUCCCACCCCAGCCAUUCCCUUUCCUUUCUUCUGCCAACUCUUCACAUAGCCCGUGAUUUUGGGGGGAAGAAUUAUUUACCAAAUUUUUAAAUCCAUUUUUUUCUUCCUCAAUCUAGACUAAUUUCUCAGGUCUGAGGCCUGGAAAGCUUUAUUCCCCAGGCCACUGAACUGCCCUCCUGGAGAGCAGGCCAGUGCUAUGAUUGCCUCUGAGGCUGUUUGAACCUGGAGCUGCCUUUCCUCUCCUACUAAAAUCCAGAAAAACGAGAGGUAAAUAAACAAGGCUCUCCCAGACAGCAUGGGGCAAUGAGCCUGUUUCCUGAAGUCCCAUCGGCCACACAGCUGAACCUUGCCAACUUCUUAUCAAACUCUCAGCCCAAGAACAAUUAGCCAGGAUCAACACACCAGCAAAGGUCAUUUGGGUUUGGAUUACAAAUUGCCAUCACCUCAGAGAAGAGGAGAGGGAAUCUGAGAAGAAUGUUUCUCUGCAGCUAAGGAUUAGCAGGCAUCCACAAGCCCGCCCUGCAAGGAUCUUCGAAAGAUGGCUUGGCAUCUUCUUCCGAGCAAGCGCAGCUCUCAGGCCGGGCCUGAGCCUGCAGCCUGUGUGCCCUCCAUCAUCAGAGCCCCCUCUCAGGACAGGCUACACCGAGGGUGGGACGGCGGACUUCCAGGGACACUUCCAAGUCGUGCCCAUGCAGACACCUCAGUAUACACUGCCCACAGUUAAGAAACCACGACCUGAGACAUUGUUUUGAAGAGGUGAAAAUGCCUCCACUCAAGUGGCCCAGGAGCGUGAUCCAGGAAGACGAACACACAGAACCAUCUUCUGCAUGGUUUGAAAAUUCAGUGGAUACUAGUGUGGGGAAAGCAGUCAAGCCCGCGCGGAGCGAUUGUGAGGGGCUCUGCUGGAAUUUGGCAGCGCGGAGGCUUGGAGAGAAGCCCCAUGCUGGCUCCCAUUCAGCCGGCCCGUUUUCCUCGAGCUUUGGAAGUUUCACUCAGCCGUGCACUCAAUGGCUUCACAAAGCUGAUUACAAGCUUCAGCGCAUUCCUGAAGGAGCCAAAAGCGACGCAGGUGCAAACGAGCCGAGGGAGCCCCUUAUCCCGGUGACAGAAUGGGACAAGCUGGGAAAGGCUUGGACCACACAAAUCCAAGGCUCACCAGGCAGCAGAAAGCCUGCCUUGGGAACCGGGGGUCAUUAUCCGCCCUAUUCAGCGGGGCCCGGGGACCCUGGGGGCCGAGCGAGGCCAGCCCGGGCGGGAGCACUGCCGCCAGCGCGCACCGGCGACGGGGGGAACCCCGCUGGGCGCUGCGGCCAGGCCGGGGCUCAGGGCGCUGGGCUGUGCGUUUGCACAAAUCUGUGUUCCGGCGGGCCGGUGUCAACCCUAGUGGGGACACGAGAGAAAGAGCACGCCAGUAGGCCACGCGGCGCGUGGGCAGUGCGCAACUUCUGUCGGCGUCCAGGCUGUACGGCCACGUUUCAGCCGGUGCCCCCAGGCCAUGGACACCCAGCUCCAGGGUCGCUCUGCGCCCUUUGUCCCCAGCCCACCUUUCCCAUUGGUCCCCUCUCCUGUCCGAGUGGCAGCGCGGCCCCGCAGGGAGCGACCCCGGGAUGGACAGUGACCGCACGCGUGGAGUGGGGACGGCGGGGCACAGGACCGUCGUCUAAGAGUGUUCGCAUGGCCGAGGACGCUUUCGCUGCGAGUUUGGGGUCAAGGGGCAGUUCCCUCCCGGAGUCAUUAACUUCGUCUCCUCGUGCUCAGGGACCAGCAACUUGGUGCUGCGGGCGCCAGAAAGAAAAGGUCUCCAUCACAAUCACUUAUCUGGAAACCUGCGGUUGGAUUAAUCGUUAUAUUCCCGAGAUGAGCGUCGCUGCAAUCCGCAGCGAACGCGGGACUCCAAGCUGCUGUCCCCUCUCUGCCGCAUCUGAGGCUGGAAAAACUUCCUAGGAGAAGGCAAGAGAAAGCCACCAGACCAGAGCCGAGGACUAAACUUUAAGGUCGAAGACGGCAGAGGGGCAGGUUCUUCCCUGCACACCCCAAGGCUGCACCCGCGAGGCCUUCCUUGAGCGCCCAGGCCCCCGAAAUGCCUGCCCUCCUUCUGACAAAAGGAGGGGGUAGGAUGUGGAGGGUUAGUGCAACCAAUAAUGUUUUUGUAAACAGAACCACAGGGAAAUACAUGGAGGAAAUCUAUUUAUCGGGUGUGUCAUUUUUGGUGGGGGGGGGCGGGAUUGAAAGUGGAGUCAUCUAGACCCAGGAAAAAGCUACGGGGUGGGCGGGGUAAGCGGGGGACUCUUGGUAAAUGUGGAUAAUUUUGAACUGGAACACCAUUUUGUUUUCUUCCUGGAGAAUUGUAUGAUGUGGCCUGAAGGCUCUGGAAAGUCACAGAUCACACCCGGCAAGAGGUUCUUCAUGUGUGCCAGCCCCUGGCUGGGCCUGGGCAGCCUUGCCCCCAUCCUCUGGCCCCAGCUCCUGCCACCGUUCCUGCCACUCCACCUGCAGACAAGGCUGCCAAAGGCUAGGGACAGGGCUCCAAGCCAGAGGCUGGCUUUUUGGAGAUGUGGCUGUGGGAGGGGAAUCCCAGGAAGUUGCAUAGAGAGGGAGUUUUUGCCAGCCUGGGUCACUGAUGGCCAGUCUGGGUCACUGAUGUCUCCCCAGGGGCGAGGGGACAGUGCCUGGCUAAUUGUGGGUUUCAAAAUCUGUCUGUUGAGGGGAUGCAGAGGUCAUCAUUGGGGGGGGUGAAGCUGAUGGUCCACGGAAGCUCUGAGCACAGGUUGGACCUCUUUCCUGCACAAAGAACCAUCCAGGGUGCCCAGUGUUCUGGCCAGCGCCGGAGCCAGUGACGGUUGGCUUGUUCUGGCCUUCCUCCCCUUCUCACACAUGCAUUCUCUUGCACACGUGUCACACACAUUCCUACACACUCACACAAAUUCUCCUCACACACACAAAUUCCCAGAAUCAAUCUCCCACACACACAUCCAAGUCACACACUCAUUCUUACAUGCGAGUCACAGAUUCACAUGAUUCACAGAUGCAACAGACUCACAGGCAUUCACGCUUACAUAUGACACAGUUGCACACUUGCACCCACACACACGCACACACACACACACGCACUGCAAUCCCCUUGCAUCUCCACAGUGUCGAAGGCUGGCUGAACACCAAGGUGGCUCUUGGUGGCAGGACUUCUCAUGGGAGGGAAAGUCACAAAGCUGGAAGGUUACUAGCUUAGGGACAUAAUUUCCUUAUUGACUAUAAUCUCCUUAUAAAAAUUCAACAACUAUAGCAGAAAAUGGAGAACGAGGACAUUUUAUCUCUCAAAGUCAACAGUUCCUUUUCUCCUGCACCUUCGGAACAGGCUCCUGCCUGAGGCUGCUGAGGUGUUCUGGGUGCUCUCUGUUUUCAGCCUCCAGGUUCAGGCUUUCCUCAGUGCAUUUUCCUCGGCUGCCCUUGGACUUGUGUUGUCCGGGGUGGUGGCCACUGGCCCCCAGUGGCUACUGAGCAGGGAGAGCAGGGCCCCUCUGCGGUGAGGUGUGCUGCUCGGUGUAAAACACACACGAGAUUUUCCAGAUGCAGUACUCAAAAGCACGUGAAACUCCUCAGUCAUCACUUAAAAUAUUGAUCACAGGUUGAAAUGAUUAUAUUUUAGAUACCUUAGGUUAAAUAAAAUAUAUUAUUGAAACUUCACCUUCUUUUUGCUUUCUAAAAGUGUAGCUCUUAGGAACUUUGCAAUUACCUACAUGGCUAUUUGUGUGUUAUCUUCCUGCUGGGCAGUGCAAGACCUUCUCACAGAUCCUUCAGAAAUGGCAAAGGAAAAGCAAAAAUGGUGGAGAAGGCUGAGCAAGUGGCCUCGCGGGAGGCCGGCUCAGAGCUGUUCUGAAGUGGCUUUUGUAACACAAUCUAUUCUCAAAGCUCCUUUUCUUUCAAUGGGGCAGGUUGGGGGUGGGGGGGGGGCAUUACACCUUGUAUUUUACUUCUCGAUUCAUUUUCUUUCCAUUUUAACUUUAAUUCCGUCUAAUUGCUGUACUGUGCGCUCAGUCAGCAACCUUGCAUGAACUCUGCAGUAACUUCUGAAGACUCUUGCUCCAAGUGUUUGAUUAUGAGGAGGUGUGCAGGACUAAGGCGACUGUGUGAUGUCUGCACAGUUCAAAAGCCCGCUUUCCUGUUACUUUCAAAUCUCGGGUCAGCAUUUUGGAACUUUUCUGCUUUAAUUUUUCCACACACACCUCUCACUGCGACCACCUACCAUCACCACAACCCAAACCAAAGCAAACAAACAGAAAGCUUGAGCAAGAAUUUACAUCUGGGAAAACGCUUCUACUCAUCAAGAGUGGAAUUCCUUUUUAUUCCUAUAAUUGACUCACAGCUUCAAAAAUCUGUGAAGUCAUACUUUGGUCACGGAAGUUGCAAGAAACCAUAUCUGCAAACAUUUUAUUUUAAAGAAGGUAUUUAAAAAUAUUUUACAUAUUAGCCACAGAUUUCUAGAAGUUAUAAAAAUUAGAAAUUAUAUUUUGCCUUUUGAUGAUAGCAAGUGAAAAGAGAUUGCUCCAAGAAUGUUUUCAAUAAAUUCAGUAUAACUGCAACACAAAAAUUCUGCAUGCAGGCUUCAUACACACACAUUAUAAUUUUAUGCAUUUAUCUUGAGAGUUGUAUAAUUAAUUUUAAAAAUGCAACAAAAACGUGAAGUCUACUUUGCCAAUAAUGGAAGUGUCUCAUAGAUAAUUUUGAAUACAAU